AUGCAUUCUCCUUACGCUUACGGAUAUCCCUACUAUGCCUCACCAUAUGACGAUUUCUAUGGGGCUCCGUACGGUUACGGCGGUUAUGGCCCGGGACCAUAUGCAUACUAUCCGGAACCAUAUUACUAUGGUGGUCCUCGGAACGAGAUCGUUGAUAACUGUUGCCUGUGGUGCUUAGCCACGAUGUUAUGCUGUUGCUGCUGGCAAAACUUCGCACGCUGCUGA